AUGAAUUCUUCUCAGGUUUUUCAUAUUUAUUUUUCUUCCUCUAUUCAAUCGCACCAAUCAACUCUUUACUUUCCAUGCUUAAUCUUUGCUUCUUACUUGCUCAUACUCCUUGCUCUCCAUUUGUCUUUCCAUUCUCUUUUUACUGAUUCUCAUUUUAUUUUCCUCUUUCCUUACUCUCCAUUCAUUUCUUUUAUUUCCUUAUUCACCUUGUAUUUCUUUACUUUCUUUUCAUUUGCUCUCUUCCCUUACUCUCCUUUCAUUUCCUUUUUUCUCCUUACUCUCCUUUCAUUUCCUUUAUUUCUUUACUCUCCUUUCAUUCGCUCUCUUUACUUACUCUCCUUUCAUUUCCUUUCUUCCCUUACUCUCCUUUCAUUUCCUCUCUUCUUUUACUCUCCUUUCAUUUCCUUUCUUCCUUUACUCUCCUUUCAUUUGCUCUCUUCCCUUACUCUCCUUUCAUUUCCUUUCUUCCUUUGCUCUCCUUUCAUUUGCUCUCUUCCCUUACUCUUCUUUCAUUUCCUUUCUUCCCUUACUCUCCUUUCUUUUGCUCUCUUCCCUUACUCUCCUUUCAUUUCCUUUUAUUUCUGUUCUUUCUUUACUCUCUUUUCACUUCCUCACCUCCUGUCCACUCCUUUUAUUUCCUUACUCACCAUUCAUUUCCUCUUUUCUCUUACUCUCUUUUCAUUUCUUUUUUUCCUUGCUCUCCUUUCAUUUCCACUUCUUACUCUCCAUUCUGAACCCACUAUUAAUUUUCCUUCCCUAUUUCAUUGA